UCAGGACUCAGGUGGCCACAGUGGUGGCUGUGGGCAGCAGGCUUGGAAGCCAGAGCUGGAAUGGCUACAGGCAGCGGCAGCCUGGAUGGAUCUAAAAUGUCCACAGAGAGACAAAGAGUUGAUAACAGUCCAAGCACUGGUGGAGGAAGUUCUGAUGGAGACGAACUUGAAAGUUUUCAGCAAGAACCAGAACGAGAGCAAGUUCAGUCCAAAACAAAGGGAAAAAUAUCCAGCAAGACAGCUGCUAAAUUAUCGACUGGUGCUAAAAGAAUUCAGAAGGAGCUUGCAGAAAUUACAUUGGAGCCUCCUCCCAACUGUAGUGCUGGACCCAAAGGAGACAACAUUUAUGAAUGGAGGUCAACUAUAUUGGGACCUCCAGGAUCUGUCUUUGAAGGAGGGGGGUUCUUUUUUGACAUAACCUUUUCACCAGACUAUCUGUUUAAACUCCCUAAGGCUACAUUCCGAACAAGAAUCUAUCACUGUAACAUUAACAGCCAGGGCGUGAUCUGCCUGGACAUCCUGAAGGCCAAUGGGAGUCCAGCCCUGACCAUUUCUAAAGUCCUCCUCUCCAUCUGCUUGCUACUCACUGACUGCAACCCUGCCGACCCUCUGGUGAGCAGCAUUGACACACAACACAUGACCCACAGAGCAAAGCACAACCGGAUGGCCAGACAGGACCCCUCCAGACUGUGCAAGCCCAUUCUCCAAGUGCAUCAACAGCCCUGCCCGCCCCUCCAGACCUUGGUUCUUAUUUUCUUGUUUUUAUUAAAUUUUAAACUGCUUUGUGACGAUGACAAAUUUGGAGCUGAAGAACUGGAGACCCAGAAAUGCCAAAAGGUACAGACAGAAAAAGUGCCAUUUUAA